AUGGGAUUCACAAGUGCUCAAGCGAACGGUGAAGUCCGCUCGACAAGUCAACACCCUUGGUGGAAGGAAGCCUCUGUCUACCAGAUCUAUCCAGCAUCCUUCAACGAUAGCAAUGACGACGGAAUUGGUGAUAUCCCAGGAAUUACCCAGAAGCUCGACUACAUCCAGUCGUUGGGUGUUGACGUGGUCUGGGUUUGUCCGAUGUACGACAGCCCUCAAAUUGACAUGGGAUAUGAUAUCUCAGACUACGAGGCUGUCUAUCCCCCAUACGGUACCGUUCAAGACAUGGAGACCCUGAUCAACGAAGUUCACGGUCGCGAAAUGAAAAUCAUCCUUGAUCUGGUCGUCAAUCACACUUCAGAUCAACACGCCUGGUUCAAAGAAUCACGCUCUUCGAAGACGAACCCAAAGCGUGACUGGUAUAUUUGGAAGCCUGCCAAAUACGACAACGACGGUACACGAAAGCCUCCAAACAACUGGCGAAGCAACUUCGGUGGAUCUGUCUGGGAAUGGGACGAAUUGACCCAAGAAUACUAUCUGCACCUCUUCUGUCCAGAACAGCCAGACAUCAAUUGGGAGAAUGAAGAAGCACGCAAGGCCAUCUACCAAAGUGCGAUGAGAUUUUGGCUCGACAAAGGUGUCGAUGGCUUUAGAAUUGAUACAGUCAACAUGUACAGCAAGCCUGUAGGCCUUCCCGAUGCUCCGAUCAAGGACUCCGCCGCAGAAUGGCAAGAAGCCGGAUUGGUCUAUUGCAACGGACCACGCAUGGACGAGUAUCUCGGCGAAAUGAACGCUAUCCUAUCGCAAUACAAUGCAAUGAGUGUAGGCGAGUGUCCAUUCACUCCCGAUCCUGCAAGAGUACUUGGAUAUGUCAGCGAAAAGGAAGCUAGGCUCAACAUGGUCUUCCAAUUCGAUUCCGUGGACGUCGGCAUGGGAAGUGUCUUCAAGUACAUGACCAAGCCAUUCAACUACACUCUGGCCGAUGUCAAAUCUGCGAUCUGCCGCACACAAGGCCUGAUCGACGGCACAGACGCUUGGACGACAAGCUUUAUAGAAAAUCAUGACCAAGCACGCAGUAUCUCCCGCUUCGGUAACGACUCACCUCAGUGGCGCUCACGCUCUGGUAAAAUGCUGGCCAUGCUUUUUGCAUCUCUAUCUGGCACACUUUUCGUAUACCAAGGACAAGAGAUUGGCAUGAUCAAUAUACCCAAAGAGUGGCCGAUCGAGGAGUACAAGGAUGUCGACACCAUGAAUUACUUUGCAGAAGUCGUUCGGAGAAACCCGGACGAUACUAAGGCACACGAUGAAGCAAAAGCAGCUCUGCAAAACCUGGCUCGCGAUCAUGCCCGCACACCGAUGCAAUGGUCAUCGCAAGCAAAUGCUGGAUUCACUAGCAAGUCCGCAACUCCUUGGAUGAAAGCCAACACCAGCGCUCAAGAGGGCAUCAAUGUUACUGAUGAGACGAAUGACCAAUCCUCCGUUUUGAACUUUUGGCGCCAGAUGCUCAAGCUCAGGAAGACACAUGCAGAGGUCCUCAUUCACGGCACCUUCAAGUUGAUUGAUGAUGACAAUCCCAGCGUCUUCUCGUUCACCAAGACCUCACCUGAUGCUCAAUCUCAGGCUACUGUGGUCUGUAACUUCUCGGACAACGAGAACAAGCUGCCUCUGUUCGACGAAUUAAGCACGGCUGACAUGUUGCUUGACAACAUGUCCGAGGUCUGCACUGAGGACCAGUCGAUACUACAGCCAUGGGAAGGAAGAGUGUAUUUUUCCGACAAGCGUGAACACUUAUGA